AAAAAGUGGACUAAUUGUCAGGCAUAUUUUAUAAUGAAAUUAUUUACUUUUUUUUUUUGUAAUAAUAAUGAAAAUUUUUUUUUUUUUUUAUAAUACAUAUGACGCGUUGAACAAAGUCUUUUCAUAGAGGCUUUCGAUUUUCAUUUUCUUUCCGAUCUGCCAUAUUUUAAUUUAUGAUUUAAUUUGUUUUGAUCAAUUUUUCUAAGCUAGAUUUCAUUAUCGUUUGCAAUAUAUUUCAAAUUUCGCAUCAAACUUUGUGUUUAAAUUGAGGCUAACGAAAAAUAUGUAAUUUAUUGAAUCUCUGUGGAGUAAAUCUCGUACUUUGAUACUUCAGGAUUGGGAAGGAAAAUUUAUUAGGUAGAACGCAGUUGACGACAAUGCCAUCACGAGAAUGUAUUUAAUUUACAUGGAUGGGAUCAAAGAGUAGCAGUUAGAGGCUGCGGGGGUUUAGCGAACUAUUCCGUGAUGCAUAUCAGCCGUUUUUGGGAAAAAUCAGUGAGAGUUCAAGGUGCCACCUUUUGAUAGGAUGUAUACGGGUCGCCGUUAAUUAAAAAUUAUACGGUAUAACUUUAUCACUUUUCAAAACUGUUGUCCACAUGUCGCCUAUACCUUUGACCUCAGUCAAUCUGUCAUAAUUUCAUCAUUUGGUCAUAACUAAUUACUCAACGUAACGUUUUUCCCCAUUUGAUUAUUGUGGGAAAAAUAUAUCAUCAUUAUGGAAAUAGACGCAAAAAAACCCAACUGUUUAUGAAAUCGCAAACAGCAGUUGUAAUCGGAGCAUUUCGUUUGUAACUAAAGCAUUUCAUCUGAAAUUAAAGAACGACUAACAACGUGCAAUAUUUUAUAUAGCGAUAGAUUUUAAAAACUAUUUAUGCUAAAUUGUGUCUUAAUAAGCUUGAAAAUAAUAAAUAAAUCAAUAUAUGUGUAAAUAAAUAGAAUUUUGAAACAGAAAUCGAAGAGAAACACAACUAAUUAUUCUAAAUACAUUUACCUUGAAACAACGAAAUUGGCUGAAAUUAAUAAAUCUCCAGUUCUACAAUAAUGGCCAAACAUCAUCAUGUGAAUAUAUUUCUCAUCUUGGCGUUGAUAUUGUUGCAAGGGGCGAUUGAAACCUUAGCCGAUUGUAGAUUGAAUCAGGCUCAGUUAAGGAAUGAACAACGUUUGAUUGUCACAUAUAGAAAUAAUGUUUUCGAUCUAAUACGUGAUCCUACGGUACGUGAAGGGACUAGACUGUUUAUGAUCUGCAAUCAAAACGAUAUAACAACAGUCAAUUGUGCAAAUAAUCGAUUUAGUCAACGUUUGCCACUACCGGGUUGUAACAAUCCUAUACAACCAAUUAGGGAGGCAAUAAACUACGACAUAUCGUGCGCUUUUCAAAGCUAUCGCAUCGCCUAUACAGUAACAUUAAUGAAUCGGCCACAAGUAUUCGAACUGUAUCGUGUAUGCUUUGAAAACGCAAGAUAUAGAACCUUGUUCACUGUAACGACAGUUUCUCAGUUCUUUUUGCCACGAGCCGACGGUUACACGUUUAAUCCCGAUGACAUUUUCACGGCAGCCGUCUUCGCCUCCUACAAUAAACGCGAUAUUUUUAAUACUUUUGAAAGAUUGUUGGGACCAAAUCAACGGUUUUUCGCUCGAAAUGAAGACGUACGACGUAUUGAUCGUGGUCAUCUAACAGCCGCUGGAGAUUUCAUGACUAAUAAUAUGAUACAAAACACGUUUAGAAUGAUUAAUGUUAUACCACAAUUUCAUAGCAUCAAUAACGGCAAUUGGAGGGCGAUUGAGGAAUGGGCUCGUAGAGCUGAUAACGCACCCGCUCGAGUGUGUAGCGGCGCUUUCGAUAUGGUCGUACAAUUACCAAAUAGAAGAAAUAAUUUGGUGCCUAUCCAUUUAAGAGGAGCCAAUUCGAUACCCAUUCCCCUCUGGACUUAUAAAAUUGUAAGAAAUCGUCUUAAUCAACGUACUGCUUUUCUACAAUACAAUAAUAUCCACGACGAUCAAAUGCCACCUAACAUACCAAGACAAAUCGGUUGUACAGUCGUACAAUGCCCGCUUGACUUACCCAGGUCAAAUGCAUUGGGUUUUACAUAUUGCUGCGAGCCACUGCAAUUUAAACGGAAUUUUCAUUUCCAGUCUGAAUGGUGCUAAUUAAUAAUAAU